CUGAAUUCUGCCGAGAAACCUCACUCGGUGACUCAAACUGCCUGCAGUUCAACACCACGAACCUCCCCCCCAGAAGGAAACGGCGAAACGUCGAGAAUUCGCUGCACAACAUGACGACAACAGAUGGUGCACCGCCCUCCGGGGAUUUGACGUCGCGGGUCCUUCACGCCCUGUCUCAGAAAGAGCCUAUCCUCUCGACCGAAUCGUUCCCCGAGUCGGCUUUCACAGAUCUCAAGGCGGCACUCGACCGGCUCGCGAGCCGGUCUAUGAUCAUCUACGAACCCAUCGAGAGAGAAGAGGCUGCUCUGGAACCGGAAGGUCUACAGAUUGCGGAACAUGGCAGUCACGAGGCCCGGGUGUUCGAGGCUCUUCGUCAAGCUGUGGAGGGGCUGAGUGUCGCGGAUCUCGAAAAGACCAUCGGCGAUAAGACGGUGACGAAAGUGGGACAAGGCAAAGCCUUCAAGGAGAAGUGGAUUAGCAAGAGCAAGGACGGCAAGCUGGUGGCAAGCGUCGGUUCGAUCGAGGAUGUCACGCAAAAACAGCUCAAGCACAUUCAACAGGAGAAGACACACGAACCGAAGAUUAUUAGCGAGCUCAAGAAGCGCAAGCUGGUCAAGACGCAAAAGGUGAUCAGCUUCAAGAUCCGCAAGGGGCCCGAAUUCGCGCUGGAGAUCAAGAAGGAGGAGACCGACCUGACGGUGGACAUGAUCACGUCGGGGGCAUGGAAGACGGCCGACUUCAAGCCCUACAACUUCAAGGCACUGGGCGCGGUGCAGAACGCGGGCGCGCUCCACCCGCUGAACAAGGUGCGGCACGAGUUCCGGCAGAUCUUCUUCGAGAUGGGCUUCGAAGAGAUGCCGACGAACCGGUACGUCGAGACGGGCUUCUGGAACUUCGACGCGCUCUACGUCCCGCAGCAGCACCCGGCGCGCGACCUCCAGGACACGUUCUACGUGGCGGACCCCAAGGUGGGCGGCAAGCCCGGGCCCGAGUCGGCGGACGACCAGGCGGACUACGCGGCGUACUGGGACAACGUGAAGCAGGUGCACCAGGACGGCAAGUACGGGUCGAUAGGGUACCGGUACCCGUGGGCGGGGGAGGAGGCGCAGAAGCUGGUGCUGCGGACGCACACGACGGCCAUCUCGGCGGCGAUGCUGCACAAGCUGGCGUCGAAGAAGGGGCCCGACGGGCGGCCGCCGCCGGCGCGCUACUUCUCCAUCGACCGCGUGUUCCGCAACGAGACGGUCGACGCCACGCACUUGGCCGAGUUCCACCAGGUCGAGGGCGUCAUCGCCGACUACGGGCUGACGCUGGGCGGGCUGAUGGAGUUUAUGGAGAUCUUCUUCAACAAGAUGGGCAUCACCGACCUCAAGUUCAAGCCGGCCUACAACCCCUACACCGAGCCCAGCAUGGAGAUCUUCAGCUACCACAAGGGCCUCAAGAAGCUGGUGGAGAUUGGCAACAGCGGCAUGUUCCGGCCGGAGAUGCUGGAGACCAUGGGCCUGCCGAAGGACAUGAGGGUGUACGGAUGGGGUUUGAGCUUGGAGCGGCCGACGAUGAUCAAGUACGGCAUUUCGAAUAUUCGUGAGCUGUUGGGCCACAAGGUUGACCUCAACUUUAUUGAGAGGAACCCGGCGGUGAGACUCGAGAAGAGUUAAGGGAUCUUUUUCUUCUUUCCUGCGUAUUGCAAUAGUAGAAGAAAGGGAGAGACACGAAUUAGACAAGACGAAGCAGACCAGAUAAAGAGCCGAUAAAAAGACGAAGUAUAUGACUGUAUGAAGAGGGCUGGCCAGGUACGGGUACUUCUUUUGUUCGGCACGGUAAAAAAAAAUUACCAUCUAUUUGCCGUUGUACGGGUAAAUGAAAGAAGAAAAUUGAGUUCGUUGUCCAUUCUGCCAAGCAUUCGGGCU